GGAGGGGACCUUACUUGGCAAGGGAGAGGAGAGAGGGGCGGAAUAUUCUCAGGUGAACGAUCUACCUCAGGCUUGUAGAGCUCCAUUCCCACGCCUUACCCUGCCCCAGCUAGAGUGAAGGAUGUGACGCGGCCAGCCCAGCCUGUGGUGGUCUGGGUAUGGAUGAAAAGGAAUUUGAAGAGAUCUUGAAUUUUGUUUCCAAGAGCAAGUAUCCAGAAAAUAUUAAAAGCAAGGACAGCAGAAGCAACUGGCGGAAAAAAUGCCGCCCAUUCACCUGCUGCAAAGAUGAGCUUUUCUACAAUCAUAAAAAGUAUGGAACCUUGCUGGUGGUGAAGGGCAUCAAGGAGAAGAAGAGGAUCAUUGAGUCCAGCCACCUGCAGCAUGACGGCCGCCACCAUGGCAUAAACAGAACUCUCAAGAAGAUCAGUACCAACUACUACUGGCGCACCAUUGCCAAGGAUGUACAUGGCUAUGUUAAGGUGGAAUGUGCAGUGUGUGUGGGGCAGGCUGCUGCUGCUGCUGUGGCCGGGGUGCAGCAGGGGCCCAGGGAGGGGAUGGAGGGGGUGGAGCAUGCCAAAGACAGAAUUGUGGAUCGAGCCAUGGAACAAAUUGGUCUUGAUGUCAUUGGCACCAUCUUGGAGCCUGGGGCACCCUCUCCCCCCACAGCAAGCAAUACCUUUAAGUGUGAGGCAGUGCCUACCCCGACUUCCACCCUGGCCCUCCCUAUCCCCAGUGAGCAGGCCAUGGCCCGCUGUGGCCUGGACCUGCUAGGGCCACUUGCUGAGACCCACAAGGGUAGACGGUUCAUUGCAGUCUUGACAGACAGUGCUACAGGCUGGGCUGAGGCUGUGGCCCUGACGGAGGCCACAACAGAGGCUGUUGGAGCCUUCCUGGCUGAGGUGGUGGGCCGCCAUGGAGCAGUGGAGGAGCUGCUGGCCCGGCCAAGUCAAGAGGAGUUUUGUAUUCGUCUCAGUGAGCGUGUGUAUGCACUCAUGGGCCUGAGUGUGCGUGUGUUGGGUGUUGUGGAUUCCCCAGGAAGCUGGCACAACAGUCUGCUGUGUGGGGCUCUCACCAGGCUCAGUGACACCCACCGCUACACCUGGGACCUGCUCCUGCCACCGGCUCUCCUCUCCUACCGCUCCUUUCCCCAGACCAGCCGGGCGGCCUGUCCCUUCACACUGCUGUACGGCCGGCCAGUGCGCCUGCCAUCCCUUGCCCCGCCACUCCCACCAUCAGGGGCACAGGACGAGGUGACUGUCCUGGUUGAGCACAUGGCUGAAUACAUCAAGGGUCUGGCUGGUCCUCCUCACCACUUUACUCCAUCCACAAAUCAGACUGGAAGCCAGUUCUCCCCCACAUUCCAGGCCCCCAACACAGGCCCAUUUCCGCCAGCUGUUGUCUCAGUCAGCACUCCUGCCAGCCAGCCACCAGCUGCCCCUGUAUUGUCUACCACACACAAUACAGCCAUGUACACCAUCCCUGCCACCACUGGCAUCAGCACACAUACCAUGUGUGCACCUCCACCACCACUGCCAGCACCACCACCACCACCUGCAGCUGCAUCCACUGCUGGCUCAUUGAUUGUCUCCACCUCGGCCACCAGUCUUCCUGUGCACACAGCCACAGAUGCACAUGCCAGCCACAUGGUCAUGAUACACACAGAUGGCAAGGCAUACACAGACUCUUUCUAUGUAAUCUGUCCACAGUGAGUGAAUGUAUGUGUGUGUGUGUGUGUGUGUGUAGAGACACAUUGUGUUCAAUAAACAUUAUUUGUUUUCCCUAAGAGAGAGAGAGAGAGAGAGAGAGAGAGAGAGAGAGAGAGAGAGAGAGAGAAUGUAUUAUUGCAUGAUAUUUUCCUAGAAAAUACAUCAUUUAUGAACAUAAACUUUUGCAUAUGUUUAUUAGAAAUAAGAUAAUUGGCCUGUAUAUUUUUUUUUCAGUUUAAGCUCUUGUUUCCUCAUUAACUUUGAUAUUCACUUGUCAUAUUGUGGCAUCAAGCAAAUAUUUAAGUGACUAAUAAUCUUAAAUAUGAAAAGGACAAAUAUCCUUUUUUCAUAUAUUAAACACACACACAUACACACACACACACACACACACACACACACACACACACACACACACACACACACACACACACACACACACACACACACACAUGUAUGUAUAUACUCUGCCAACAGUAUUACUAACUGCAGUCUUUAAAGUGGGAUGUUUAUCUCCCCCCCCAAAAUCACUAUUCAUUUAUUUACAUGAUUUUUUCUUUUUCUUUAUUGUUUUGUAAUACAUAUUUUGUUUUAUUUUCAAGGUUAGACCUUUAAAAUUACAAUGUUGUGUGGCUGACUAACAAAACAGUGACAGUACUGGUGUACCACAUGGCUGGAUGAAAAUAUUGGUGGUAUAGUAAACUCCCCACAUGUGGGGGUCAUGGUCCUGUGAUUAUAAACAGCUUGUUCAUUCUCUUACUGUGUCAGUGUGGACAGAUGCAAGUAACUCAAGGUCUCUGUGAGAAAGUGUUGGCUGAUAGUGAUUCUGAUAGAACAUGGUAAUAGAAAAACUGUUGUUCUUGUUUGAGCUGCUGGGGCAUACCUUAAGCAAUAAUUCCAUGCCAGUCUGUGAUCCAUAUAGGAGUUAUGUUCUCACAGUUUCUAAGUGUUUGGUCAUGUGAAACACUACUGAACAUGUGUGUAGCUAUUCCUGCAUGUAGACAUUUUCAUUACUAUUCUUGUCCAGGUACUAAGCUUUUCAGGUGCUUGGCCAUCUCAAAGUUUUUACCAAACUAGUGUAAACUCCAACAUGCUGACUCUUCAUUGGUUGAUUAAUUUUUCAAGCAUAUACCUUCUUUUCAGGGUGAUAAUGAAAGUACUUGCUGCUAUUAACAUGGCCACUUCCUCAGGGAUGCUAGUGGUCACCUCUGAACAUUAUUUUAUAUUACUGAGGUGACAGAGGCAGAGGUUGGCUUAUGUGUGGAUAGUGUUAGUGAAAAUCACAUAUUCUUUCACUUAGGACUGUACUUUUCUGAAAUAAUGCACACAUUAAUUCCUCAGUAACCAUCUUAUCAUUGUUGUCCCUUUAUCUUUGUAGUUUGGAGUAAGCUGUCCUUCACCAGGCCCUUGACUUCCUUACAACCUACAUUUUACUUUCUCCUUUUUCUUUGAACAUGUAGGAACAGGACAGUCAAGCCUUGAUAAUAUUUUUUGCUUAACUGGCAGUAUUCUGGAUUCAUGCAUCCCAUAGCCAAAUCAUCUUAUCUUCAGAUCAGUUUACUUUCUCAGUGUUUGUGAUGCUUCAAAGGUAGACAACCAUACACACAUACCAGUGAAAGAUUACACAAAUCAAAAUGUUCACCUACCUAUUGGCAUUUUCAUUUUAAAAUGUUGAUAUAGAUCGUUAUCUUUUAAAAACUCCAACAGCUCUGACUCCAACUUAGCCUCAGGAUGUCUUCAGUCAGACAGUUCAUGGAAAAGAAAUACCAGCUAAGAACAAAACACUUUUUUAAACAAUUUGAUGCAAUAGAUAAGACAUUAGUGUUUACUUAGUGUGGAUGGUAUAAAUGUUUGAUUCAUGUCCCUCAACAUUAAUCUUGGCUUGUGAAUGGCAUAAAUAAAUUACUAGUAUUACAAAAUUUAUGAAGUGUUUAAAAUCACAUUUUGAUUCUUCAGAAUGAAGCAUCUGUGCUUCAUUUUGUUAUUGUAAAUAAUUUCUAUAUUAUGUUUACAUCAGGAAUGUGCUUUUUAAAUAAGGUAACCCUGUUGUCAUUUAAUUUUGCAGUCUCUAUCAAUGAGCUGAACUCUGAAAUGCCAUUCUUAGCCUCAAGUACCGCUGGACAUGGCUCAUCAUCCAUUCUCAUGAUUCACUCACUCCCCAUUUCUGAUCAACACCUUCACUCCUUCAUUCUUUCUCCAGUAAACUGGGGAGUCAUUUGUCUUCCUUGAUUUUCAUGACAAAUUCCAAAAGCGAAGAGUCAAGUUAUCUCAGGAAUUAAACUAGACCUUUCCUUUUGGAGAGAAAAUUUUUACUUUAAAGAAAUACAUAGUGAAUUUUUUAAGCCUUUCUUUCAUUAUCUAAAACCUGAAUUUGUAUAUAUUUAAAAACACAGCUCUGUGAUACAUCAAACCCUUCUUCCUUUGCUGGAAUUCAUUGUUUUAUUCAUAUUUACUUUGCAAUCAAAAAUAUGCCAUCAAAUAGUUUUGGUUACCCUAAUAGUUGAAUUUCUUUGAGCAAAAUCAUAAUAGACCAAAUUAAUGUGGAUUGCAAUUCUCCUUACAAUUUACUAACUUGUAUGUAGAAAGUAAGACAGGAGAGAUGGAAGACAGGAAGAAAAGGAAGACUAUGAGUGUUCCAACAUUGCUUACUCAGCUGACAGUCUGCCUCACCUGACAUCCUACCUCCACAAACACCAGGUUAAUACAGUUAAUGAUAACAAUGGUAGCAGUGGCAAGUGUAAAUCGUGUGCUUUUGUGUAUGCUUUGUAGGAUGAGAGAGAUUGGGGUAUGUCUGCUUUUUUCAGGAUGAUUUAUAUAAAACUUAAUUUUUCA